GUAAUUUACCCCCAAAUCAGUGGUCAUCUUUGAUAGGGUUUGAGCAUUGAAGGUCGAAGGCAGAAGUGAUGUGGGAGCGCCACCAUUUACCGGAAGAAAUCCUGAUCGAAAUCCUGACAAGGCUCCCCGUCAGGUCCCUCGUACGCUUCACCGCCGUUUCCAAGUCGUGGUUCUUCCUCAUCACCAGCCCCGCCUUGGUCUCCGCCCACCUCCGCCACUCCCGCUGCAAUGAUAAUUCCGUCGGUAACCUCCUUCUCCUCCGUCAUUUAGAAAACUCAUCCAUAAAGGAAAAGUAUGAGAUUCUCGAAGAGACUGAUCACCAAACACUUAACCCGAUCAGUUCUCCCGAGCUCCCCCCUGCAUUUGCAUGCGAGGAUAUUCGUGUGGUUGGCUGCUAUAGCGGCGUCGUUUGCUUAUCCAACGCUUGGUGUUGCGAUUUGUGUUGUACGUAUCUAUGGAACCCCUGUAUUCAGAAGCUUAAGCCCUUGUCGCCUCCUACUAUUAUUCGACCAGCUGGCAGUUUAAACUCCUUACUUGGAUUUGGUGUUAAUCCAGAGUGUGAUGGUGAUCUCAAGGUAGUCAGAGCUGUGUAUCAAAGGAAAGGAGAGUAUCUGCAAAUGCCCGAUGGCCCACCAGAUGUUGAGAUUUAUUUACUCAGCACCGGGAAGUGGAGAACUAUAUCUGCUGUUGGGGUGAAUCUUUAUAUGAUCAAUUUCGUCCUGUGGUGGUCUCAAACUUUUGUCCAUGGAGCAGUACAUUGGAUUGGGCAGAAAUGGGUGGACAAUGUGAGGUCCAAGUGUUGUAUAACAGUUUUCUCCAUGGCUGAUGAGGUUUUUAGUGAAAUUAUGCUGCCAAAUGAAUUAGCCAAAUGGAUUGCAUUAUACUUACAUAUUAUGAUGUUUGAAGAGUCUAUUGCUGUUGCUAAGUAUGCUACAAGGAAUCAUUGCAUAUUCUGUGACCUGUGGGUGAUGAAAGAGUAUGGAGUUGUGGAAUCUUGGUGCAGGAUAUAUCGUAUAGAAUUGGAUGGAUGGAUGGAUAGAAUUGUUGGAUUCAGGAAAAACGGUGACAUCUUAAUCUGUAGUGACAAUCGCGAGCUUGUUUCCUACUGUCCGACUACUAAAUUUUUUCAUAAACUUGGAAUUUAUGGGACCAACCGCUCAUUCUAUGUUGGUAAAUACUUGGAAUCUCUUGUCCUGCUUCAAGAAAAAAGCUGUGAAGUUGAUGUGCUAUUCAAAGAAAUGACAAGUGUGUCCAUUUGAAGAGGAGGUUAGAAGAUUUGGGUUGGUCGUUUGUUUAAAGGGUUACCUUACGAUAAUGUGUCAAACAGGAGAAAGCUAAUUAUCAUCUUCUUCCUCAAGAAUACAGCUUGGUUUUAAAAUAAAAAACAAUGCCGAUUGAGUAUGGAGACUUGAGAUUGGGUCUGCAAAGGAUUCCGACGUGAUAAUGAAUAUAUUAUUUAUUUGAAACAUUUACCUGCGUGGCUAUUGAUUAUUGCAGUGUAUGACUUUGUAUUUAUUUAGUCUCAAGUAACUCAUGCAUUAAUGAUGGCUGCCCUUGUAGAGUGACAGUUUUAAGACUGCAAGACCAAAAAAUAAUAAUAAUUGUAGUCAAAAUCAUUAAAUUGGUUUCUUGAUA